AUGGAGGUUGUUUAUGUUGAAGAGUCUAGUGACGAUGCUGUUGACGAGGAGCUGAUACCAACCCCAGCGAUACUGAGGCUUGAUAAGAUGAGCACGCUGGUCUUCGACCGGGACAACCUCCGUCAGGUCCAGGAUGCGGUAGAUGACCUCUUCGCCAUCUUGUUUGACUUGAUCGCUGAUGAUGAGGGCUGUGCUCGAAACACGCACAAGGAGAUGCUGGACAAGCUCAACGAUGUGGAUAUCAGAAGAUGGUCCAACAUUCGGAGCAAGUUCCUCGAGGAGCCUUAUUACGGAUACGCGGAUGGCGACUUCACCAUCGUGGAGGAGAAGGACUUCGUCAAACUGAUGAUGGAUUUGAUCAACAGUCUUGAAAAGACGAGAUCACAAUUAACAACACAAAUUCAGUGUUACUACGACGUUGCAACAAGCCAGAAGAAAGAGAUCAAGGUAUUGCAAGUUGAGUUGCUCCGCUACCAAGAGGAGAAUAUGGAGAUGAAAUGGAAGAACAGCCAAGAAAAAGCGGAGCUGCUGGCGGUCAAGUCAUCCAUGACUCAGCUGCAGAAGAACCUCAAGGGAAAGCAGGAGGAUAUCAACCAGUUACAGCGGGAUGGGACAGUACAGCUUUGGGAAAAGGAGAAGCAUCGCAUUCUCGAAGCUGCCGACAAAAGGGAGAAGGAGUUGACGGCAGAGGUUGACAGACUGAAGAAGGAAAAUGAGGAUAUGAAGGAAAAGUUUACUAGGAGACUUAUAGAAUCAGAUGACCAGUUCAAGAGAUUAAAGAUGAAGCAGGAAUUGCAGUUGAAGCCGACAAAUGACCAGAAAGACAAAGAGAUGGAUUUGCUCAAUAAGAAGGUGUAUCUACUGGAGAAAGACUUGACGUCUAUGGAACAAGAAUUCUUGAAAUAUCAAAAAUACUAUUGUGCAAUAACACACGGGAUCCAACGAGAUUUCAAAAUCUUAUGUGAGAGGUUCCAAAAGAAAGCCAACCAGGACGAAGUCAGCGGGCCUGACAAACUAACGCGGAGGGAUAUGAGCCGACUCGCAGAGAGGCUGAGCACUAUAUUUGCGUCUAUGAUGCAGGGGCGCCUCCUAUUAAUGCUGGCGGAUCUACCUGAUCACUACCUUAUGCUGGAGAAAGAUAUGAAGCCGGUCUCGGUGCGGAAGUUAUCAUUGGCCUACACGUCCAACAAAAACUCACCAACCAAUCCACCAGGCCACAUACCAGACAAGAGUCCGACCGCCAUUGCACUAGAAAAUGCCGAAAAGAUGUUGAUACGCCGAGAAUCGCGGAAGCACAUGACGCCACGAGAGAGGCGUGCGUCGGUGCAGGAACGACAGACGUCAGCGGAUAAUGGUGCUUCAGAGACGAUAAUAGAAAAAGGACCAGGAGCAGACGACGAACUCCCCUUGGAAGCUCACCCUGAGUUGGUCUACCGGGAGACAAACCGAGUCAAUUUCAUCGCGUGCAUGAGAUAUUUCCCUCAUAUGGGAAGGGAUUACGUUUUUGAUCAGUGGGAACAGUUCCAAAAAUACGAUGCGAAUGGAGAUUACGCCCUUGACCUGACGGAGAUGAUGACGGCUAUGACAUCGACGAUAGGACAGCAGUUUAAUGCUCAACAAAUAAAAGAGGCCAUGAUCGAGGUGGACAUCGACGGGUCAGAUACGAUUGACUUCUACGAAUACCUGACCAUCGCCAACAUGCUAUCACAGAAAACAGGUAAAUCGAAUGUGUUUCGGAGCGAACUUGCGCAGAAACAGGGAAGUCUUGUUUCCCGGACGUGUGCCAUCCAAUGA